AUGAUUAGUUCUCUUAAAGACGUCUUUAUGCUAACAGCACUCAGAGAAGAAUUUAAACACACUCUUGAUUAGCAUGGAACCUAGCUUGAGGAAAAUGAGUAUAUAAAAAGCUUUAUAUAUUAAGAUAUGAAUUCACCACUGAGAAGUGUCUAAGAACUAAUCCAAUAUCUAGUCCAGUAUUCUAAUGAAAAUUAAAACAAUAUCUAAAUUCUAAACAUUCAAAAUCAAAAUCUCGAAAGCUAGCUUCAAGAACUUAAAAUAUAAAAUUAAUCCAAAGAUUACCUUAAGCUAAAGAAUCAUGUUGAAAAGCUUUAAGAAAAAAUCCAAGAAAUAGAAAAUAGUUUUACUCCCUCAAAGGCAAAUACAAUCUAGUUAUUGGAUGAAAUAUAAACAAAAGAGCUUGAACUCUUAAGAGUUAAAGACUAGACUAUGCAGAAAUAGAUUAAGAAAGCAAAGUUAAUUAACAGAGAGCUCAAGGAAUAAAUCAAGCAAAAAGAUCUCAUUCAGGAUAAACUAAAGAAUUAAUAUGAAUCUCAAAUAGAAGUUCUUUCCAAAAAUCUAUAAUUAACACAAAUAUAGGCUAGCGAUAAUCUUUAACUGGGAAAAUAAGCUUAUGGUGCAGUUUUUUAAGAAACUGAAUCUAGAUAUUCAAAGACUAUCAAUGAGUUAAAUUAGAAAGUAUUAUCUAUCCAGGAUAGUUAGUACCAAAUAAAUACUAAGUUGCAAGAGAGAAUUGUUGAACUAGAAAAAGAAAAUAAGAAAUUGAUUGAAAGAACUAAAUUAGCAAGUGACAGUUAGAAAACAUUAGAUUUGUCUAUGAGAAAUUCAUUGGGAAAAGAAUUUUAACUUCCAAUAGAUUAGGUGUAGUAUGAACUAAUCGAUGAAAGCUAUCUUUAACCAGCAAUAAUCAAUUCACCUUCUAUUAUGAGUGAUAGGAAGAAAAGUAGACUCAGUAAUACUGGAAUAAGCUCAUUCAACUUACCUUUGCAAAUGGAUGAAAGGAUUAAGUUACUUGAGAAUAUCAGAAGAUCGUAGCAGGAUAAUGGAGAGAUGAUAUUUUAAAAGACAAUGAAGAUGCAAACUUCCAAUUCUGCUAAUCUUGACUAUCCAAUCAAGUAGCAAAUGAAUAGAACCUAGAUUUUAUAGUCAGCCAUUUCAAAUAACAGCAAGUGUAGUGAAGAUUCUUCUUCUGCUAAUUACAAGUGCUAAAUAGAUCUUACAAAUUUGAUCAGUGAUGGAUGCAAGAAAUAGCCCAACCAAGAAGCCAUUAAAGCUUUAAAUCCCACAAAAAAGCCUUAAAAUCAAGUAUUAAUUCAAAAUGGUCCUAACAUAGCUUCGUAAAUUAUAAAUAUCAAAUUUAAGGAAAACGUUGACCCCAAAUCAAAUUAGAGACAGGAUCAAUCCAAGACUGCUCUUUUCAAAACUAAUUAGGAGUACUAUAAUAAAUAGUCACAAAAGAAUUUUAACUCUUAAAAUUCCCAUGAAAACUAAAAAUAUGAUAAUCUACUAAAGAGCUUCUAGGAUGAGAACAAGAAAUGCGAAAAUAGGAUUAAGGAGAUUCAGGUUAAGAUGAAAUGCACUACUCAUACAGGUGGAAAUGCUUCAAGCAAAUCCCUUAUAGAUUAAAAAUUCAAUCCAAAUCUAAACAAUACACAAAAAUACUUAUCCAGUAAUUAUCAUACUUCGUAGUUGCAAUAUCCAUAACAGAGCUAAGUAGCAUAACAGCCGGAGACUCAUGUACUCUCACCUAAGAAACAAAGCAUGAUUAAUAUUGAUAAAAUAAUGUGCUAAGCUCAGAAAAACAGAGAAAUUAGACAGUAUAUGAAUGAGAAGAUAUCAAUGAUAAAAAAUUAAAAGGCAGGUUCAGCUAAUAACUCUAAGAAGCAACAGCUGAAUUAAACAAAUAUUAAUCAAAAGGAAAGCAAAUCUCAAGAUAGACAAAAUAAUGUAAAUUAGAUUAAUCCCAAGACAUAAUUAAAGAAUGCUUCUAUCAUCAUGAGUCAUGCAUAGAAUAUUGCUAGGCAUAUGCGAAAUAAUAGCGUCAUAUGA